GCGCUCACACCGAGUCAACUGCGUUCUGAAAUGGCGUUCUUGACAAAAAUCUUCUAUGCUUACCUCUUCAUUACGGCCCGAAGUAACGGCAAUGAUCCUCCGGGAGAGAGCUUCACAGUGUACCCUCAAGUGUUCGAAAGUCGACUGGAUAAGUCCGAAAAAACGCUUGUCAUCGAAGGCUACACACUUAACCUAAAGAAAGCUUCCGUUCUUGCUGACACAUUACUGCUCCUAGAUGUAACAGAAAGCGGGACUGUUGAGCGAUAUGUCCAAGGCGCGCACUACGAGAGGCACUUGUACGAGGACGCUAGCAAGCAAGCAUCCCUGAUCCUGAAACCCGCAGGACGCGGCGAUUAUCACGUUACAGGGAUGGUAAAUUUCACCCAUAGGAUUGAACCUUUCACAAAUUGGGAACGAUCGUCGCAGCAAAAAAUGCCUCACCGAGUAUCUGAAAUUGAAACCAUGUAUGGGACCUAUGAGUACGUUGCCGAGAGAACAGAAAGUGUGGUAGACGAGCCCCGGCCGGAGAAAAUGGAAAAUGACGCCAUUGAACAGCAAUACAUUGUAGAGCUGCACUUCAUCACCGGCCUUAAUCACAGUGGCUUCUUCGGGAACGAAAGUGAAGAUCGUGUUGCCUAUGCAAUGCUCUUUAUGAACUCGGUAAGCCUUCGCUUGCAGCAGCUUGAGCCUCCCAUCCGGAUAGGGCUAACAGUAAUUGAAGGGUUGCAGAUCAAUCCACCUUACGUACAACUUUACCAAGACGGAAACAUCAUGAUAGAUCAAACCUUGAAUGCGUUAUGCAAGCACGUGCGCGAAGACAAAGUAAAAAACAUCUCUGACGCCGUCUAUAUGGCUACCAGUCGGAAUUUGGUGAAGUACAGAAAUAACAAAUAUGCAGGAACCAGUUUAGGAAUGGCUGCUGGCUUGGGCACAGCGUGCAAGAAUAACAACGUUGCCAUAGGCGUGGACCUGCCUGACACCUUUUCCGGGGUUCAAACAGCCGCUCACGAACUGGCACAUAUGUUGGGCGCUCCUCACGACGGCGAAGGAGAAGCUGCAGAAUGCUUAAUCAAGAGCCCAUAUUUGAUGAGUCACUACAGACGCGGGAAAACCAUUUGUGCCUUUUCCAGCUGUACAAAGGAGAUCAUAGCCAAUUUUUUAAGGAAGACUGACUCUGCCUGCCUAAGGGAGCACAAACUGUGCCACGUUAUUUCUCUGCCAAACAAGGCAGCAAACCUUCCAGGUGAUGUAAUGGAUGCACCCACCUAUUGCAACAAGACCUACCCAAAACCACAAUACCUCAGCGCUACUUACAUCAAGGCAUGA